AUGUCAUCAACGGGAAAAAUUAGUGUCCUAGGCAUCGGUCUGCCAAUACCUAAGGAAAUGGACCCGAACGGUGACGCACUCGCAAAGAUCACAGCUCAUGCAGCUUCCAAGAACAUAGAGCUCACAUCCUGCUUGAUCGACAUGGCCGGUACAGACAACGAGGAGAUAGUCAAGCUGGUGAAGGAGAAGCUGAACGAACAAAAGUAUACGGUGAUCAGUUUCGGCUGGGCUUUUCGUGCUAUCAAGGAGAUAAACACGAAAUUCGAGAGAGUUCUCAAUGUCUGUGUGCAGAUGCAGCCUGGGGCGAGAAUGGGAUUUCCGACUUCUCCUCAGGAGAUGCUUACUGUGGUCGAGAGGGUGAUGGCUUGA